ACAGUCCCCCGAACGCAAAACACAGCACAGUGCACAGUGGGAACGGGUGUGCAGGACGGUGAUGUUGACAGCUCGUAAAAGUAUGCCAGAACCCGUGCCUUGUAGUCCUUCGAAUACAUCUGAGCAGGCAGCAAGCAAGUGCAUCAUGGUGCUACCGAAGCUGUCCGAACCGUACGCCGUGAUGCCGCUUCUACUACGCCUGCAGCGUUUCGUUGGGCUGUGGGGUGAACGACGCUAUCGCUACAAGUUCCGGUUGGCAUUUUUAAGCUUCUGUCUGCUAGUAGUUAUUCCGAAGGUUGCCUUCGGUUAUCCAGAUUUAGAGACAAUGGUUCGCGGAACAGCUGAGCUGAUUUUCGAAUGGAACGUACUGUUUGGGAUGUUGCUGUUUUCUCUCAAGCUAGACGACUAUGAUGAUCUGGUGUACCGGUACAAGGACAUAUCAAAGAUUGCUUUCCGUAAGGACGUUCCUUCGCAGAUGGGCGACUAUCUGGUACGCAUCAAUCAUCGUAUCGAUCGGUUUUCCAAGAUCUACUGCUGCAGCCAUCUGUGUUUGGCCAUCUUCUACUGGGUGGCUCCUUCGUCCAGCACCUACCUAGCGUACCUGGGAGCACGGAACAGAUCCGUCCCGGUCGAGCAUGUGCUACACCUGGAGGAGGAGCUGUACUGGUUUCACACCCGCGUCUCGCUGGUAGAUUACUCCAUAUUCACUGCCAUCAUGCUGCCUACAAUCUUUAUGCUAGCGUACUUCGGUGGACUAAAGCUGCUGACCAUCUUCAGCAACGUGAAGUACUGUUCGGCAAUGCUCAGGCUUGUGGCGAUGAGAAUCCAGUUCAUGGACCGGUUGGACGAGCGCGAAGCGGAAAAGGAACUGAUUGAAAUUAUCGUCAUGCAUCAGAAGGCGCUAAAAUGUGUGGAGCUGUUGGAAAUCAUCUUUCGGUGGGUUUUUCUGGGACAGUUCAUACAGUGCGUAAUGAUCUGGUGCAGCUUGGUUCUGUACGUCGCCGUUACGGGUCUCAGCACAAAAGCGGCAAACGUGGGUGUACUGUUUAUACUGCUAACAGUGGAAACCUACGGAUUCUGCUACUUUGGCAGUGAUCUUACAUCGGAGAGCUUGAGCGUAGCACGUGCAGCUUACGGUAGCCUCUGGUAUCGCCGUUCGGUUUCGAUCCAACGGAAGCUUCGAAUGGUAUUGCAACGUGCCCAGAAACCAGUCGGCAUCUCGGCCGGCAAGUUUUGUUUCGUCGACAUUGAGCAGUUUGGCAAUAUGGCAAAAACAUCCUACUCGUUCUAUAUCGUACUGAAGGAUCAAUUUUAAAGGGGAACUACCCCGUCCGACCAGACGACGGAAAGCUAACGAUGUGUAAUUGAAUAGUCAUUAGUAGCGUUUUUGCUUGCCAACGAACUCACGCGUUGACUUUGUAAGUUCAAUACGGUGAGGACAAAAAUCAAUAAAUUAAAUCAAGAACGUUGACGAGCUAAAGAAGAAAAAACAUCUUACUGACUUUCAUUUCGUUUCAUCGGCG